AUGGCCGAACAGCCUCGCAUCUUGCGCCCGCGCCCGAGACGACCAUUCGAGGUAACGCCCGCCUCCACGGAGUCCUCUGGCCCCCCAACGCCCGCCGAGUCAACGAGCACCGAGUUCCUAAACCCGCAUGCACCGGACACAGCUUCGAACUCGACCAGCGUGAGCCGCACGGGAUCAGUGAUGAAUCUGACCUCAUCGACGCUGUACGGGAUCUACUCGCCGACGGCAUUUGACGGGCUCCGAGACGAGUCCAGCCCGUGGGGCACGGAGGCGAACAGCCCGGCCUCAGAGUUCCCGCCCGAGCCAUCGCAGCGCGAAGCAGAGAAAUCAGCCAUCGAGCCACGGCGGAUGGCCCUACGGAGGAGUCGGUCUCGAUUGAGUCAGGGGCUGUUCCGUGGCGUGAUCUUGCCCCAGGCGUUGAGCAGUGUACUGCUAUUUGGCUUUGGAGUUGCUUACGGAGUGAUUACCGUUCAUCUUCAUGAGAACCACUGGAUUACCCCCGUUAAGCUGGAGAAUAUCCAUUACUACGACUCAGGGCAGUACUUGGGUUUCUGGGGAUUGGCGGGAAUUGCCUUGGGUAAUCUGCUCCCUUGGCUGGAUAACUGGCGCGAGGGUGAGCUUGAGCAGACUGAAUUGAAGCAUGCGGGUGGCAAUGAGGAGGAGAGCGAGGAACGCACCCCGUCUUGGGUUGCUGUUGCUCGCAGUGUUGGAGCCUUUGUUGGAAUUGCAUUUGCUAUGCGGAGACUUCCAUGGGAAUCUACCACACAAGCAUCACUUACCCUCGCCCUCGCCAAUCCCGUUCUCUGGUACCUGAUUGAUCGCACUACAACUGGCUUUGUCCUGUCAACCGUAGUUGGGUUGGGCGGCAUGGGAGUUGUGCUUGGUCUCAAGCCCGAACUUGUACCCGCAUCGACAGGCCCGACAUUUGGCAACAGUCUUCUGAAUGGAACAGGGCUGGAGAAUGCGCUGGGAGCAGGCAUCACACAGGAGAGCAUUGCGGUGCGGACUUGGGUCGCCAGUGUCAUUUUCUGCGCCUGCGUCUGCUUCGGAAACGUGGGACGCCAGCUUGCCAUUGGAGCCGGGGCCAGAGAUGUUCUGAAGCCCUGA